AGACACGGUCCAGGUGUAGGGGCGGGAACACCGCAAACAUGUCCAGCGCUAGCGCUCGUUUGUUGCUCUUGGUUCUGGUUGGCACCGUGGAAGGGUUCACGCUGAAAUAUGCGGUUGAUUGCUCCUACUCUUGUGAGCGGACCACCGCCUGUCCGGUGACGGCGGGCUGCAAGAGGACGGUGCUGGAUGACUGCGGCUGCUGCAAGGUUUGCGCAGCCGGCAGGGGAGAGGUGUGUUACCGCACCGUGGCCGGGAUGGACGGGGUUAAAUGCGGGCCUGGACUACGGUGCAACUUCAACAGUGAGGAGGACGACUUUGGAGACGAAUAUGGCAUUUGCAGAGAUUGUCCCUUUGGAACCUACGGGUUAGAAUGCAGGAAAGUUUGUAAGUGUCCGUUCGGGAUCUGUAACAGAGUGACCGGGCAGUGCACGAAGUUUCCGUUUUUUCAAAUUCCUGAAGCAAAAACUGGAAACCGGAGGAAAUCUGCGCCUCCGUCAGGAAACGAGCAAGGAUCGGGCUACAGCAUUGAUGACCUGAAGACGAAUAUGAUCAAAGAUAAAACGAACAGUUCGAUUGGAGAAAAGCAACAACCCCCACGCUGAUGUUCGUUUGGAUUUCUGGUCGGAGAGGAUGGGACUUACCAUUCAAACUCAUGGUGGCAACUUCCUUCAUAAAGCAACCAAUCUGUAUCGUAUUUAAUUAUGUAUUUGUGGACAUUGAAAGUGUUGUUUGUAUAGAAGUACUAUUUUUUGUAUAAUUGACAUUCUUGUAUUAUUACAUUUUGUAAAAAAAAAGUGCCUUAGCAAAUAUUUUGAAAUCUUCAAUUUCCGUGGUAGUUUUUGGAAAAGCCCACGCAAACACUGUAACCUCACAAUAGGAGAGAUGUGAUAGUAAAUUAGCUAAUACCAUGCUACACCCUAAUGAAUUGUAUCUGCCGUUUGCCCUGUACAGCAAAAAAUACCCCCUAUUUCCUUUGUUUCUUCUGUGGUGCCAAGUACAACAAACCUGAAAGAAUCCAUGAAGCCCAGGUCAGACUUAAAUAUUAACUCAUAUGUAGGAAGACAUCUCCAGCAAUCCUCCCCAAUUCUUGGAAAAACGGAUUACUAAGCAUUUGCCAGAUAUUCUAGUACCUUAUCACUUGAACUUCUUCUUUCACCUCUUAGAACUUACUAUUUCAUAAGUGUUAUAAUGUUAAAUACUCCUUUGAACUUUCCUUUCUUAAAAAAAGCAUAACACAUAGGAGUAGGGGUUGGUCAAAUGGGUUCUUGAACUUUCUCCAUUAUUCAGUAAGGUCACAGCUGAUUUUGGCUUCAGUACUUCCCUGCUAUUUCUAUUUUAGGUUUUCUUUCAGUUAAGUUUUAAACACAGUUUAAACACCUCUGCCUUUCCCCUCCUUCCAAUAUCUUGACCAAAUUGAAAUAAAAAACAUACUUUAAAAAUUCCUAUCCUUCCUCUAACAUUCUUUUUUCAGGACCUGGCAGAGCAUUUUCCUCAGCCUUUUUAUUUCCUCUCCAAUUCAGCUUUACAUAAGAACACAAGUAAUAGAAUAGAGUGCAAAAAGUAGGCAUAUAUGAUCUCUCAGCCCUGGUCCUCCAUUCAAUAGGAUCCUGAAAUUGUACGUUCACUUCCUACCCAGUACUCAUUUUUCUUCAUUUGUUGACUUUCAAAAGAAAAUCAAAUUUGGCUUUGAAUAAAAUUAAAUAAGUGAGCAGUCAAAGACCCAAUGGGAAGAGAUUUAUAAUUUCUAUCCGAAUCAGCCAAUUCCUUUACCUGUGGCUAUGUUCCUGAAUCCAGAGUUUCCAACCUGUGAAAACAACCUGCCAGCAUUAAUCCUUCUCAGAACUGUGUAUGAUUUAUUGAGAUGACCUCACAUUUUUCUGAACUCCAGCUGUCAUAGGCUGACUCUCUUCGAUCUCUCUUUGGUUCUUUCAUCCCAAGAAUCAUUUACAGUUUCUGCACUGCAUUGACUCCAAGAGAAGUAUUUUUUUCAAUGGCUAUGAAAACCAAAACUGCACACAACAUUCCAGGUAUGCUCUUAACAAUGACUUUCUCAUUUUAGUAAUUAAACACCCUUGCACUUAAGCCCAACAUAAUUUUUACCUUAAGUGCUUACUAUAACUGGAUAUUAACAUCCUGCAUUUCAAGAACUCUCUGUAAAUCAAUAUUUACCAGUUGGUCAUCAUUUAAAAAUAAUCUCUUAUUUUCUCCAUUCCGAAGUGUAACAAAUCACAUUUUCCCUUAUUAUACUCUAUUACCUUUCUACCUCUUUGCUUAAUUCAUACUUAUCAUUAUGCAAAUUCUUUGUGUUCUUCUCACAUCUCCAAAGUAUCACCAUUGGUAAUUUCUCACCCUCUAAGCCACAGCAUUGGCUUAUCAGUUAAAAAAAAGUAUCAUGUAUGCAAAUUGAUAACAGUAGUGGUCAACAUAAUACAGCUUGGCCUCAGAAAAUAUGUUCAAUAAAAUUGUACAUUAAAUUGAUGACAGCAUUCAACUUUAUAAUAUAUUGUCAUCAUCUAUGAUGAUAUUCUGAAUUUAGCUGUUUUAAUUGGUCAGAUAUUAUGCACAGCUAUAAGACAGUUUAGCUUGUUAAUAAAUAACAUAGACUUUGCUUGUGUUAAAACAUUGCAAAAUAAAUCUGACUUUAAUGUUCAUCAUCUUAGUAUGAAAGUGUUUAUAUUUCUCCUACAUUAGAAAUUUUCCAUUCAGACAAUGGAGAAAAAUGUUGAAUUUCAUUGAGCAUAUGCAUUAUAUGCAUAUUGGCAUAAAGCUGACAAAGAUGUGGAGGAAAAAUGUGGUUAUCUUUAUGAAACAAUUUGAUGAAGAUGUAAGUGAACAGUAUAUCAGUUGGUGUGUAAAAGAGAAGGAUUGAUGGAUGAUUCAGAUGGGAACUCUUUUUGUUGAAAAAUACUGAGCAAAAUGUUAACCCAAUUUGACACUCAAUGAAAAGUGAUGCCUUUGCAACUUUAUUUUAUUUUUAUUUUUAUUUGCAAAGUUAUUUUUUAAAUGUAUGCAACUCUAACAUGAAACUGAUGCAAAUAUUCUGGUGUUGCAUGAAUUUUAGAAACAAAACGUAAGAAUAAAUUCAAAUCUAUCCUGAGGAGGUAUGGAAUUUAGAAAUAGACUAUUAAGCUACUUUAAGACAGCAUUUUGUCUCAUGAUUCUGCGAUCUUUUUGGGUUUGAUACUUACUGCUAGAAGAAGGUGAAGACUUUUACUGGUUCUGUGCCUGACUAGUUCAACAAUAUUUUACAAAUGUCAUAUUAUUUCCCAAACUUGUGUUUUAAGUAAUAAAUAAAGCAAAGUUACCAAAAAUACCAGUAACUAUG